AACAUGGCUACUUCUAAAGUAACCCUUGGAAUCAUAUUUUCACUUCUCGGUCUCACUGUUACGUUAUCUGCCGUAUCAUCUAAUAGUUGCAAUUUCCCUGCUGUUUAUAACUUUGGAGAUUCGAAUUCUGAUACCGGAGCUAUCUCUGCGGCCAUCGGAGAAGUUCCUCCACCGAACGGCGUUGCCUUUUUCGGAAGAUCCGCCGGACGACAUUCCGAUGGCCGUCUCAUUAUAGAUUUCAUUACUGAAAACCUCACUUUGCCGUAUCUAACACCGUUCUUGGAUUCGGUUGGAGCUAAUUACCGGCAUGGUGCUAAUUUCGCGACUGGCGGUUCUUGCAUCCGUCCGACGGUUUCUUGUUUUAGCCAGUUCCAUCUUGGGACUCAAGUGUCACAAUUCAUUCACUUCAAGACUCGUACCUUGUCUCUUUACAACCAAACCAAAGGAAAAACUCCAUUAUGCAAAGGAGUCCUUUCACGUCCCAAAGAUUUCUCAAAAGCUCUUUAUACAUUUGAUAUCGGCCAGAACGAUCUCGCGAUCGGGUUCCAAACCACGACAGAGGAACAGCUCAAAGCAACUAUACCUACAAUCAUAGAAAACUUCACCAUUGCCUUAAAAUUGUUGUACAAGGAAGGAGCAAGAUUCUUCUCAAUUCAUAAUACCGGACCAACGGGUUGUUUACCGUACCUUCUUAAAUCUUUUCCCGCUACACCGCGAGAUCAGUAUGGUUGUUUGAAGCCUCUGAACAAUGUGGCAGUUGAGUUCAACAAGCAACUCAAGAACAAAAUCACUGAACUAAACAAAGAGCUGCCUUCUUCUCUCUUUACUUAUGUUGAUGUCUUCACUGCCAAAUACAACUUGAUCAUCAAAGCAAAGAGCCUAGGUUUUGUGGAUCCUUUUGAUUAUUGCUGCGUUGGGGCGGUCGGACGUGGAAUGGGAUGUGGAAAGACAAUAUUUCCAAAUGGGACAGAACUUUAUAGCACUUCCUGCAAAAACCCUACAAAUUUCAUAAGUUGGGAUGGUAUACAUUACACCGAAACCGCGAAUAUGCUAGUCGCAAAACAGAUCCUCGAUGGUUCGAUAUCGAAUCCACCUCUACCAACCCAAAAAGUUUGCAAGCUAACGAAAAAUUAAAUUUCCAACAUAUGAAUGUAAACUGUCCUAGUUUUUGGUGCUUUUCGAAUAAUUAACCAAAAUUAUAUUCAAACCUUA